GAGCUGCCCGCUCAGCCGGCGGUGCAGCCCCUGGAGCGGCCCGAGCUGCAGCCCUUUGCAGGCGACGCGGUCUACCUGCCGGAGUUCCUGAUGCGGCUGGAGACCUUCAUAGCCGACCACGAGGACCACUUCCCGGGGGGCGCUGAGCGGGUGGCCUUUCUGAUCUCCUUUUUCACCGGCGACGCCAAGGACUGGGCCGUCUCAGUCACCCAGGAAGGAAGCCCCCUGCGCGCCAACUUCUCACGCUUCCUCGAUGAAAUCCGUAAGAAAUUCUGUGGCCCCAUCCCCCCCAGUGUGGCGAAGAAGGCCAUCCGCAAGCUCAAGCAGGGUGACUGCACCCUCGGCAGCUAUGCAGAUGCUUUCCAGUUCCUGGCCCAGUUCUUGUCCUGGGACGACUGCCGCCUUCAAAAUCAGUUCCUCAAGGGCCUGUCGGAAUUCUUCCGCAAGGAGCUCCUGUGGUCCACCGAGAUGGCCGACCUGGACGAGCUGAUCCUCGAGUGUGUGGAGAUCGAGAGGAAAGUGCGCGUCCCCAAGCCCAUCCCGCUCCCCGGGGUGCGCAGCACCUUCUUCCCGUUCGCUGCAGACCCUGCCGCCGACGGCCGCGAGGACGAGCGCCACAGCGAGGACGAAGACGCGGAGGCGCGCAGGCGCGCGCUCUCCGACCAGGACCAGCGGAGGCGGGGGCGCGACGCUCAGCCGGAGGUGCGGGAGCAGGAGGAGGAGGACAAGAAGAAGAAGGAGGAAGAGACGAAGAAGAAGAAGGAGGAGGAGAUGAAAGCGAAAUGGGACGAGGACGACGACGAGGACGAGAUCGUGGUGGUGGACGACGACGACGACGACGAGGUGAGGAAGGAGGAGGGGGCGGCGAGGGGCCAGUGCCCGGUGCCGGUGCCGGACCCCGAGGAGCCAGAGCCGGAGGAAGACACGGAGGACGAGGCCCAAGACGACGACCUCGAAGACCUGAUGGAGGUGGCGCCCACCUUCGCCAACGCGUCGUCCCAGACCUCUGGCUACUACCAUGAAAAUUUCCUGGAGGCACCGCCUCCCGUCGCGCAGCCCAGCAGACGGAGGAACCAGAACCGCGUCCCCCUGCUGGAGGGCCUGCCAGGUACCAAUUCCCCCUUCUACAGCUCGCCGCCGCUGAUUCGCCGGGCAGGCCGCUUGGGGCAGCGCCACACUCGAAGACGCCCCCCUGUGCUGUUCCGCCUCACGCCCAGGCAGGGGGGCCACCGCGCCGCACGUGGUCGCAUCCGCGUGUGAGUGCGGGGCGACAUGGCCGCCCGGAACACACCCUUCUUCUGCGUCCCCGCCCCUGCUGUCGCCGCCACACCUUCCCCGCUUGCUGACCAGUACUUAAGGGAGGUCCAGACCUGCGGACACCGAACCAGACCUGUAGAGCUCACACCGGCCUGCAGCCACGGCCGGGGAGGGACAGUGCCCGGCCGGGGCGCCCCCGGAGAGGAGGGUCGGCUGCCCUCUCGCCUGCCCUCUCCUCGGCCCCGCCACAGGCAGAUUCCUGGGCCUUUUCCCACAGACAAACUGGUCACCCUCGCAUUUCCCCUCUAGUUGUUCCUAAUCCUGUGUCCUGCGGUUUGAUCCUCUGACCGGCUCACCAGGGCUCGGCCCAGUGCCUCACUGAUCCUCCCCAAUGAGUGCCAAGACAGGCCUCGCCGAACUCCUAGAGCCACUGAGGCCACUUACUAGACAUAACCCAGGACAGCAGGCGGGUUUCCAGACGUGGGCCUGAAGCCUCCCCCUUCUCCAAGCCACACCUCCAGCAGAAGGGCCCCAGAGGGGACAGACGUCCCCACCGGUGAGGGUGUGCGAAGCCACGUGUCAGAUGGACAGCUUGGCUGACGUUUGUCCCUGGAUCGGCUCACCGCACGUGCAGCCCUGUCUUCUUACCACACACCCCACCGGGGCUUCCCCAGCGCCCGGCACCCAGAGUUCCAGGUGUCCCCCACUUCUUGAUGUGGCCUGGAGGGUGGUGGGGGGGGAGGAGGAGGAAGCAGCAGGACUUCGAUUGACACGGUGAGGCUGUCUCCUUCCCGAGCCAGGCCUUGGCCUGCGGCUCCCAGCCAAAGGUCUUCACGUGACUGUCGCCAUCCUCGGGGGUCCACAGGGGGCCUCAUUGGCCUUUCCUUCCCAGACCGCCACUGAAAGAGGGCCCUGGGCCUGCUUUGCAACUUCAGCUUCUCCCAGGAGAGAGGAAGGAAGGUGCUCUCUAGAGACUGCACCCCCUGCAGCCUCACAGGCGGGGUGACCUCGCAUCUCCCACAUGGGGUCGAGCACGGCCUGCUCUGCCCCGGAUGCUGAGCGUGCUCAGUGCCCAGCCUCUGGGGCAGCCACAGUGCCUGUCACCGGUGGGAAGAAGGCAGAGUCCACUGAGGCCCCGUUCCUCGCUGGAGUCGGAUGACUUCAGCUCAGCCUUGGGAUUUGGAGCCUGAAGCAGAGGCGUCGGAGAAGCCCAGUCCUCUCUCUGGUUUCUGGUGCGGUGCCUGCGUCAGUGGGAGCUAUUUCUUCAGGAGGGCGUCCCAGAAGGGGAACUGCUGUUCUCUGAGGCUGUGGACCCGGUCUGCUGAUGGUCAACGCGCGCUGGCCCUGCUGCCCAUGUCCCUGCCGGAGAAGUGCCAAGGACAGCUCCAGGGACCCGUCAGCACAAGCCCUGACUGUCCCCCUGGCGCUUCUUACUUUGAGCCCUUGUAGCCUCAGCCCGGGAAAGACCGGGUGAGCAGUGAGCUGGCUCCCGGCCCUCCGGGGACCUGGGUUUCCCUUUGACCCCGUCCCGCUUCCCACAUCUUCUGUACUUGUCGUGAUGUAACAGCCACAAGAGCUGAAAGAGGAACUAUGGGCUUUGGGUGCUUUCUUGGGUUGAAAGAGGGGUGGGGGGUGCAUGCAGGGUACGAAGGCAGCCCAAGGAUUCCCAGAGACUCGGGAGGAAAGCUGCCGGAAAUUAAUGUGGUGUCGUUAUUGUAUUCUCGUGCUGUGAAGAUAAGAAAUCCUUCUGUCUGCUAAAGCUUUCUCCUCAAUAAAAAUGCAAAGGGUGUGUAAAAA